GGUAAAUUCUUCAAUGCUGUUUCUGCGCAUUCCCACGCAGUAUUUUUGUCGAGAAAUGGGAAAUGUGUUUCGAAUUAGUGAGAAAUUUUAGCUUAUAUAGGAGAUAAACGGAUUUCAUGGUGACUUAGUGCUUUCUAUUGUAACACUGAAGUUGACUUGGCGAUUGAUCGUUCUUUUCAAGUGCGUAGCAACCUUCGUUAGCAACUGAACAGCUCGAUUGACAACACUUGAGGAUUUCAUAAAAUCUGAACCAGGAAUGAGAUCAUAGGUACCUUGAUCCAGCGAAAUGUCUUUUUAUCUGGCUUUCAAGGUAUUUUGUGGUUGGAUUACACCUUUAUAAAAAUACAAUUUUGAGCUUUCGGACGAGCCCCGUUGUGUCUUCGAGUUGAGUGGUCCAGCUCGGCUUAUGUAAACAUGGAUGAAUUUGAUGAAAAUGGUUGGGCUCAUGUACAUCACGCAGCUUACAAUGGCUAUUACAAGAGUGUUAGUCGUUUCAUAAAAUCCAGAGAGGACCAAUUAGAGCUUGAGACUCAAGAUGGACAACAGCUGACUCCAUUUCUACUAGCGUGUAUGAACGGCCAUGUUGACACCGUACAACUUCUGGCGGAAGAGUUGGGUGCUAAUCUCAAGGCUAAAGAUCGAAAACUGUUUGGCGCUGUGGAGCUUGCAGCAUUGAAGGAUCACAUUGGCGUUUUGGAGUAUCUUUUAAAGUUGGACAGUCCAGAUCUCGAAGUGUGGAAAAAUCUUAUUCGUGGUCUGUCGGUAAGUGAUCUGGAGACAUCGUGCGCUAAAGCACUAGUGGAACUUACGAGUGAGGGAAACUCUGAUCAUUUAGAAUCGUUUUUAAAUGCCGGAGGAGUCCAAGCUCUCUUAGGAUUAUUGAAAAAUUCAUUAUCCAGCAUAGAGUCAAAUAUAUUUGCUCUUUCUGUGUUGCUGAAUCUUGUUAAGGACGAAAGAGGUAAGGAACAACUUUCUAAAAGCAAAGCUGUUCCUCCAAUUAUUUUACAACUUACCGACACCCCACGAGAUGUUUAUCUUCCUGCUACAAGGCUGCUUGAGGCCUUGGCAUAUAAUGAUGACAACAAAGAGGCUACAGUUAACAAUGGUGGAAUAGAAUCGUUGGUGAGGUUACUCCAGCACACCGAGGACGAAGAGGUGGUGGAAUCAGCCCUAAGUACAUUAAGAGUGUUAUCCAUCUCAAAUUCUGAGGUACAAGCAACUGUGGGGAGUAAUAAUGAAAUAUGGAACUCACUGGUCAGCUUGCUAACAACAGUGAAAAACAAACAUGUGCUAGCUGCUGUGGCAAAAACAGUGGGUGCUAUUGUCAAGGGAAACAUGGCUAAUCAAAAUGCAUUUGUGGCUAAAAAUGGAGUACAGCCAUUGAUGGAAUUGAUGCGAUUGCGAUCAAGAGAAUGUCAAUUUGCUUCAGUUGAAGGAAUUCAUGCACUAGCAGAAGGUAAUGAGGGUAAUCAGAGAAUUGUAACAGAACAUGGAUGCGUUAUGAUGCUGAUGCGACUGUUGAAGCGAUCCAGAGCAGCUGAUUUAAGAACACUCACAGCAGGAGCACUCUGGGCAAUUGCUGGGGAAAAGAAUGCACAGAGACGGUCCAUUGCAGCUGAAAUUGGGAUUAACCUCCUCAUUGAAUUUCUAUCUGAGAAUUUACCUCAGAGCUUACACUUCAUUGGCUCAGAAGCUCUUGGUGUUCUUGCAGAGGGAGUCAGAAACAAAAGGGAUGAAAUUGCUCAAGCAAAUGGUGUGAUGCCAUUGGUUCGUCUUUUGGGGAAAUCCCACACACCAGCAUACAUUAUCCUAAGUGUGCUACAGACAUUACGCGCACUGUGUCUCUGCCUUAGCUUCAGACCUCAUAUCCAAAAUCAAGAUGCUGUUACCAGAGAAGGGGGCUUGAAAUUUCUGAUCAGAUACAUGGUGCAAGCAAGACAGGACAUUAUCAAAGCAGAAGCUGCCUAUACUCUUGGCUGUGUUUGUUUGAGAAACUCUACCAACAUGAAAGCAACACUGGAUCAUAAAGACUUCAGCUUUGUUCAUAUUUUGCGACAGCUUUAUGAUGAUGAUGAAGAGGUGCACCUUCUUGCUGGAGCUGCACUCUCUGUUUUUGCUUACAAUAAUGUGGCCAACCAAAGAAAUAUUGCAGUGUCUGGGGGAGUAAGGUACCACAGCUUUGUCCCAUUCUUGGAGCAGAAAAAUGAAAGGUUAGCUACCUAUACAGCAUUUCAAGUGGUGGUUUUAUCCCGGAUCAUUCCAGAUGAGGACCAAUCUUUGACCUCAGCAACUGGAAUUAAAAUGUUGGUGUCACUUCUUGACUCAACUACAGAAGACAUCCAAUGUGCUGCUGCAAAUUUUAUUGGAGGACUUGCUCAUUCAAGAGCAGGAAUUCCAGGUGCCAUUAUCUCCAUAGGAACUAUCCCCAUACUGGGCAAACUGUUGACAUCACAGUAUGAAACUGUACAGGCAGCAGCUGCAGUUGCCCUGGGUUACUUGAGCUAUGACAGUAUUGGGGAAAGACAGCUUCUAAGUUUGUGCCGGCAUGAUCCUUUUCUUUAUGAAGUGAUUCAGUUUCAUGCAGGAAAAGUGAAACUGUCUCGACAAUUUGUUGAGAGAUGGCAACACUGCAAGAGAAUUGGUCUUCCUCCCAUAAUGAAAAAGCCUGAUCCAUUUCUGUCUGUGGGUCAGAAGAUGGUAACAGCUCAUUUUGCACUGGAUGCUGAGCAAACAUUUACAGUUGCCAGCACUAAUGAUUCACCAGUGGUUGCCUCGGAUGGAUUGCCAGAACGGAAAUUAUCUGCCACAACCAGUAUGAGAACUGGUACAAUUUUGAGACUUCCAAUAGCAUAAAAACUGGUUAUAUUGAUAGUAGGAUGAAAAAAAACUGUGCUUGAAAUGUGGUCAAAUAGUUUUCUGUAAGUUAAGAAUAUAUUCAAUGCUGAAAGCCUUCUAUAACUACCUCAUGUAUCAAUUCAAAAAAUUAUAUUAUCUUAGGACAUUAAGAUAUUCACUAUAGUACUGGGAUUCCAUAGAAAUUAGCAUAAACUUCAAAGGAUUUUGUUAAACCGUGGUGCUGCAUCAAAUGAGUUGAUAGCGUAAAUUGGCCUCCAUAAAGAGUUUUAAAGCUGAUGUUUCAAGAGUUAUCUCUUUGCCAUUUGCUCUGAGGAAGGGCUAACACUCCAAACAUCAGCUUUGAAACUCUUUACAGCAGCCAACUUACGUUAUCAACUAAGUUGAUAAUACUAAAUUAACCUGUUAACCAUAGCUACAAUUAGGAAGUGCAUUGUUGUUCUGAAAGUCAUAUUGUGUCAUGUAAGCUGCAGGAUAUGAUAUGAAUGCAAACCCAAGAGAAGUGCUGUAUUUGAGCUUCUGAUUCUUUUUCCAGUUUCUUAUACAUCCCAAGUGCUUCCAAACAGUUGACAUUAAUCCACAGCCCUCUGAGUUGUGCAUACUUGCACAGUUAAUUUAGAGACCAUAGAUGAUUUCUCAAGCUUUUAAGUCAAACAGAUUAGCUGAUAUUGUAAUUUUAUGAUGUUGUGGUACUUUUGUUAAUAACUAACUUCUUUGGACCAAUGCCAGUAGGCCAAUUUCUGCAGGAUCUCUCCAUGUUGAACAUUAUCGUGCAUUAAUUAAGAACAAUUUGAUGUCCUCUUUGUUAUUCAUUUUCAUUUAUUCAGUAUCAUUAGAGAGUGUGUUGUGUUUGUAGUGAUUCCAGAGAAAGAAAAAGAAUUUUAGACAAUGAGGUUUUCAGUGAAUUUUCAUUCUUAAGCUUUGUUUAAGUGCUGCAUUUUUUGUGUGAACAACGGUUCCUCAUACUUAUUUGACUAUGAAGAUAUUUUAAAUGGUUUAACAAUUUACAGAACUUUGAUCAUAGUCUUUAAGUAAUACAACUUAUUUAUUCUGAUAUCUUGUACAUGUAUUAUAUAUUUAAAUCUGAUUAACUACGGCUAAAUAGCCUUUUCAAACAUAAAACAUUCUUUGUACAUACAUGAGCAAGUAAAUGUGGUUCAUACAUUUUGCAAACUGAGAUUGUUACAUGUACAGUGUAUGUAAGGAUUUAAAAGUUCUUAAUUUGUAACUCUCAUACCAUUGAGUUAGUAGUACAAGUAUUAAUGAGCUUUUUCAACAUGACUUUUUCAUAAAGUGUUAUGUACAACGAUAAGAGUAUGUCUUAUAAUAAAAAGAGACGUUAGAUAUA